CUUCAUUUUUCACUCUCAGCAAAUGUUCUCGUCCAAGCUUCUUGGUGGUGCCAGCGUCCUCCGUGCCGCGUCUUCCCGCCUUGCAUCCACCAGCGCUGCUGGCCGCCAGACCGUCGCCCUCAUCCCCGGCGAUGGCAUUGGCCCCGAGAUCUCCGCCGCCGUCCAGAACAUUUUCGCUGCUGCUCAGGUCCCGAUUGACUGGGUGAACGUCGACGUCAAGCCCGUUCGCCGCGCCGAUGGCACCAUGACCAUCCCCCAGGCCGCUAUCGAGACCAUCAACAAGGCCAAGAUCGGCCUCAAGGGUCCCCUCGAAACCCCAAUUGGCAAGGGCCACGUCUCGCUCAACCUCACCCUUCGCAAGGAGUUCAACCUGUACGCCAACGUCCGCCCCUGCCGCUCGAUCGAGGGCUACAAGACCCCCUACGACAACGUCAACACUGUCAUUAUCCGCGAGAACACUGAGGGAGAGUACUCUGGCAUUGAGCACACUGUCGUCGAUGGCGUCGUGCAAAGCAUCAAGGUCAUCUCGCGCCCCGCUUCGUUGCGCGUUGCCAAGUUUGCGUUCGAUUACGCUGUUGCCAACAACCGCAAGACUGUCACUUCGGUCCACAAGGCCAACAUUAUGCGUCAGUCCGACGGUCUUUUCCUGGAAUGCUGCCGAGAGGUUGCCCAAAACUACCCCACUAUCAAGUAUACCGAGAUGUUCCUCGACAAGGCAUGCUUGAAUAUCACCAUGGAUCCCUCCCAAUUCGACGUGCUCGUCAUGCCCAACCUUUACGGCGAUAUUCUCAGUGACUUGAGCGCCGGCCUGAUCGGCGGUCUUGGUCUCACCCCCUCUGGCAACAUUGGCUACGACGGCGUUGCCAUUUUCGAAUCCGUCCACGGCACUGCUCCCGACAUUGCUGGCCAAGACAAGGCCAACCCCACCGCUCUUCUUCUCAGCGCCUGCAUGAUGCUCCGUCACAUCAACCUCAACUCGUACGCCGACAAGGUCGAGGCUGCUGCUCUGGCUACCAUCAAGGAGGGCAAGGUUCGCACUGGCGAUCUUAAGGGCACUGCCAAGUGCUCCGAGUUCACCAAGGCCAUCAUCGCGCGCCUUUAAUCCUGCAAUAAUCUCGUUUUGAUCGCUUUUGAUGUGGUUUGCUGUGUGCAUCUUCUUUCUUCUUAUUUCUCCAUUUUUGAUGAUGAUGAAUUGUCAUUUCUCUCGUUGUGCAGCGUGUAUCGUGUACUACAAUGAACCAUGUCGAGCA